AUGACGAAAUCAAACCUAAAUAAUACGAUAACUGAUAUUAAAGAAAUAAAAUUAAUUUACGUAUCUUUCUCUCCUCUUUUCCUCUUCUCUUUAUUCAUGCCUGACACUUUUCCCCUCUCUUUCUUUUUCUAUUUCUUUCUAUGUGUAUGCCUGUCUCUUAUUUUCCCCUCUCUAUCCAAUGUCUCUCUUUUUAAUCUCUCUUUUCCUCUCUCUAUCUUUAUGCUUGUCUCUUUUCUUAUUUUCCCCUCUCUAUCCAAUGUCUCUCUUUUUACUCUCUCUUUUCCUCUCUCUAUCUUUAUGCUUGUCUCUUUUCUUAUUUUCCCUCUCUAUCCAAUGUCUCUCUUUUUUACUCUCUUUUUUCUCUCUCUAUCUUUAUGCUUGUCUCUUUUCUUAUUUUCCCCUCUCUAUCCAAUGUCUCUCUUUUACUCUCUCUUUUCCUCUCUCUAUCUUUAUGCUUGUCUCUUUUCUUAUUUUCCCUCUCUAUCCAAUGUCUCUCUUUUUACUCUCUCUUUUCCUCUCUCUAUCUUUAUGCUUGUCUCUUUUCUUAUUUUCCCCUCUCUAUCCAAUGUCUCUCUUUUUACUCUCUCUUUUCCUCUCUCUAUCUUUAUGCUUGUCUCUUUUCUUAUUUUCCCCUCUCUAUCCAAUGUCUCUCUUUUUACUCUCUCUUUUCCUCUCUCUAUCUUUAUGCUUGUCUCUUUUUUAUUUUCCCUCUCUAUCAAUGUCUCUCUUUUUACUCUCUCUUUUCCUCUCUCUAUCUUUAUGCUUGUCUCUUUUCUUAUUUUCCCUCUCUAUCCAAUGUCUCUCUUUUACUCUCUCUUUUCUCUCUCUAUCUUUAUUCUUGUCUCUUUUCUUAUUUUCCCUCUCUAUCCAAUGUCUCUCUUUUUACUCUCUCUUUCCUCUCUCUCUUUAUGCUUGUCUCUUUUUUUUUCCCUCUCUAUCCAAUGUCUCUCUUUUUACUCUCUCUUUUUUCUCUCUCUAUCUUUAUGCUUGUCUCUUUUCUUAUUUUCCUCUCUAUCCAAUGUCUCUCUUUUUACUCUCUCUUUUCCUCUCUCUAUCUUUAUGCUUGUCUCUUUUCUUAUUUUCCCCUCUCUAUCCAAUGUCUCUCUUUUUACUCUCUUUCCUCUCUCUAUCUUUAUGCUUGUCUCUUUUCUUAUUUUCCCCUCUCUAUCCAAUCUCUCUUUUUACUCUCUCUUUUCCUCUCUCUAUCUUUAUGCUUGUCUCUUUUCUUAUUUUUCACACUCUAUCCAAUGUCUCUCUUUUUACUCUCUCUCUCUCUCUCAUGUUUAA